CGCAGUGCGCAAAUCACAAAUAAUUCGUCUAUAAGCACGCCCAGCAAACCUAUCAAACCGAAAAUUUCUAAACGAAACGAUACGGGGGACAAAUGUCGCGAAGAGAACGAUCCAACAAAUGGGGGAAUACAUAGCAUUUUACAACAAACAGUCAUGAAGCUUGAUAUAAUUGACGACCGAACAAAGUCUGUCGAGCAGGAGAUGAAAGCAUCUAUGGAGUUUGUACAUGCAGAAGUUGUGGACCAUAAAAAGGAAAACGAAGAAAGAAAAAAAGAUCUCGAAGUAGAGGAGACUACAAACACUCAAAGAAAGCAACACACUAUAGAACAAUCGCGUCAUUGA